UAAAUAAAUAAAUGUAACAGUUUGUGAGAUUUGUUUUUGGUUACAAAUAGUUGUGAGAUUUGUGAACCGCCACCCCAAAUAUCAUUCUCUUCGUUCCCCGAUCUCUGAACUGCCGCUAAAUGAUUCUGGUCUCUCUUCUCCGACCGUCGAAUUCUGCAGUUUCUCUCUGGAUUUAGGGUUUUCGCUCGCCACAUCGACAUGCCUCGUAAGGCCAAACGCUCCAAGAAAGGUGUUGCGGCCAAGGGACGAACUAGAGCAUCUAAUGGCACAUCAAAUUUGAUGCCUCAAGCUUCUUCUCAAGGACAUUCUGUACAUCUAGAACCACAACCACACCUUUUAGAGCCAACACCACCUCAGGCUCCUGUUCCACCAUUGGGUAGUACACCACAUUCUCUGGCACAUCCAUCAGCUUCUACCCGACAACCACACACCACAAAACUCAAUGGUUGUUUGGUUGUGGCUGAGGCACGAACUAGAGCAUCUCAUGGCGCAUCAAAUUUGAUGGCUCAAGCUUCAUCUCAAGGACAUUCUGUACCUCUAGAGCCACAAUCACACCUUUUAGAGCCAACACCAGCUCAGGCUCUGGUUCCACCAUUGGGUAGUACACCACAUUCUCUGGCUCCUCCAUCAGCUCCAUUGGGUAGUGCACCACAUGCUUUGGCACCUCCAUCAGCUCCUACCCGACAACCACACGCCACAAAAAGCCUUUCCUCCUCUACAAGACGCAUGCCUAUUAAAGAAAAACAUUCAAAGAAUGGUGUUGCAACCAAGGCACCGCCUAGUGUAUCUCAUGGCACAUCAAAUGUGAUGCCUCAAACUUCAUCUCAAGGAUAUUCUAUAUCUGAGGAUCCACAACCAGACCUUUUAGAGUCUACACUGGGUCCACUAUUGUAUGAUCUGACUCCUCCAUGGGCUUCUACUCGUGCCGCAAAGCGUCGUGGGUUCAGUGGAGUUUUGGAUCUACAAGCCAAAGGCAUGUCUCAUGAAGCCGAACGUUCAAAGAAUGGUAUUGCUACUAGGGUACCAUCUCGAAUAUCUCAUGGCACAUCAAAUAUGUUGUCUCAAGCUUCAUCUCACAGACAUUCUGUUCCGGUGGAGCCACAAGAAGACCUUUUAGAGCCGACACUGCCUCAGCCUGUGGUUCCACCUUUGGGUAGUACACCACAGGGUCUGACUCCUCCAUCGGCUCCUACUCGACGAACACGUGCCACAAAACGUCAUUCCUCACAAGCUAAAGACAUACUUCGUAAAGCCAAACGUUUAAAGAAUGGUGUUGCUACAAGGGCACCCUCGCAUGGCACAUCAAAUUUGAUGUCUCAAGCUUCAUCUCAAGUACAUUCUGAUCAUGUGGAGCCACAACCACACGUUUUAGAGCUGACACCAGAUGCUCUAUCUCCUCCAUUGGCUCCUCCUCAAUCAUCACGUUCCUCCAAACUCCGUUCCUCCAAACCAGGGCGUGAGUGCGCUAGAGCAUGGACUGUACAAGCUAUAGAUGAACAAGGCAACGAAAUGAAGAUUCAAGUGACGAAUCCGGGUGUAUUUGAUAUGCCUCAAGGUCAGCGCAUAGUGGUACCAUUUGAUAGGCAAAUGCGAGCCUGUGGAGAAGCAGCAGCACUCCUUUCAGGAGCUUGUGGACGUAUUUCCACCAAACCUGAUAAUAUUCCAAUCUAUUUUGAAAGCUGGCCAAAAGUACCUGAUUCAUACAAAAAAGAAUGCUUUAACGCUUUGAAGAAUCUUUUUCAUUUUCAGGCCUCGGAGGUAAUUGCUAAGCGUUAUUGUUAUCUUACCAUGGGAAGAAAGUAUAGGAAUCACAAGUUGAACUUAUGGAAGUUGAACUUCAACCCUUCAUAUUCUAGAGAGCAACUUAUAGAAAAAGUCCCUAAUGGAAUUCCUGAGGAUCAGUGGCCAUUGUUUGUUGAUUAUCAUCUGAAGCCAGAAUAUAUGGAGAUGUGUCAAAAGAACGUUGAAGCCCGUAAAAAGCAAACAAUUCCACAUACUGGCGGAUCUAAACUUUUGUCGCGGAGACAACAGGAAAUGGAAGAAGAGGCUGGACAUGCUGUGGGUCGAGGUGAAUUAUAUAUUGCAACUCACAAGAAAAAAGAUGGAUCUUAUGUUAAUGCGGAAGCCAGGUCUAUUGUGGAGAAACUUGAAGAACAAUUAGGUCAACUCGUUAAUACUUCAGAAAUUGCAUCAAAUGAUGCUCUUGCUAAAGUAUUGGGACCAGAUCACGCUGGACGUGUACGUAGCUUAGGCCUAGGAGGUCUUCACAGUGUUGCAUUUGCGUCCACCACCACGCGAUUCAGUGUGUUAGGGAAUCUAUCAAACACUGAUACAGCUGAACCUUCUCAAUUGAAAGAAGAGGUCGACAGUUUGAGGCUCAAGUUAGCAUCUUAUGAGGAGAAUAUCAAGACAUUACAAACUGUACUGAUUUCAUAUAUAGAAAUGAAGGAGGGAACGGUCCCUGAAGAGUUCGGUGGUUUGUUAGGGACUCCUUCAGCGGAUCAAGAGAAGGAAGGUGAUGCCCCCACAUCAGAAGGAGGAGAAUCUUCACUAAAUAGUAAUCGAGUUUGAAUUACACAUGUUUCGUGUAUUUUAAGCUUUUAGUUUGCGAUGGAAAGUAACUGAAGGUUGAUAUAUACUUCAUAUAUCGCAUAGAUUAGUAUUUUUUUUUAUUUAAGUGUGUUUGAGUGUUUUCCAAGUCGUUAAGAAAAUACUAUUUGAAAAACUUCUAAAUUAUCUUGUGGAAAUUUCAGAGUCAUCUUAAAUAGUUUAGUGACAUUCAUGUAUGGUAUACACCAGUGAAAAUGACAUGCUAUAGCAAAGUAUUGUUAAUAUAACUAAGGAAUGUUUAGGUUUUA